ACAAGCAAGACACUGUGAGGAGCAGAGAGAGAGAGAGAGAGUGAAAGAGAACUGCCAGAUGAACUAGAUCAGAUUGCAGAGGCUGAUAGAGAGGGGCUGUUCAGCUAAUAAGCGGAGGUGACCCACUGGUUUUUGCAAAAUGUGACAAAUAGACUUCAUGUGACUGAAGAUGGAAGCUGAGCAGACCUCUUGAGUGACUUCAGGAGAUGGAGAUGCAACACAGUCCCUCAUACUGGGAGCUUCUUCAGUGUCUUGUCUUCAACAGUUGAUGACAGACUGAGGGGGGAGACAGUCAAAGAAUCAACAUUUGUUUUAUUUUUAUUUCGUGAGAGUGAGGAGGGCAGAACGGCCGUGAGAGUGUUUCUUGUAUGUGCAAUACACAAAAGACUGACAACACAGGGGACAAAACGCUCAGAGAUAUACGAUGAAGAAAUUCAAAGGGUUUCUAUGCCUGUGGCUCAAAAGGAUGGAGUGGUUCUAUCCCUAGCUAGAGCAUCUCACAGCAGCUCAGGGGGCUACAACUCUGAGGAUGCUUCAGUUUGGCUAGAUGGGAUACCGGGUGCAAGGAUAGUACUGCUGUUCGUCUACAGACAAGACCACACAUGUUGGAAAUAUAAGACUGGUUGGAUCGAAGCACAAACCCCCAAUCCUGCCUUCUCCCUGGCGUCGACAGCCUGACAUGAGGCUUGGUUGGUAGUACCACCACAAGGGGCCUCGAAACGCACAUCACAGUCCGGGCCUUCUCUGGCUCUCCACCCCUGCAGCCGGAGGCGCGGCCGGUAGCAUGAGCGUGGGGCGGACCAAUCGCUACAGCAUUGUAUCGUCCGAGGAGGAGGCCCUCCGCCUCACCACCAUGCACGGCAUGAACGGCUUCGGCAACGGCAAGAUCCACACGCGCCGCAAGUGCCGCAACCGCUUCGUCAAGAAAAAUGGGCAGUGCAACGUGCAGUUCACGAACAUGGAGGAUAAGUCGCAGCGCUACAUGGCCGACAUCUUCACCACGUGCGUGGACAUCCGCUGGCGCUGGAUGCUGGUGGUCUUCACGCUGGUGUUUGUGGUCUCCUGGCUAGUCUUCGGGCUGGCCUUCUGGGUCAUCGCCCUGUUGCACGGAGACCUGGACAACCCGGCUGGGGACGAUAACUUCACACCCUGCGUCCUCCAAGUCAACGGCUUUGUGGCGGCUUUCCUGUUCUCCAUCGAGACGCAGUCCACCAUUGGCUACGGCUAUCGCUGCGUCACAGAGGAGUGUCCAGUGGCCGUCUUCAUGGUGGUCUUCCAGUCCAUCGUGGGCUGCAUCAUUGACUGCUUUAUGAUUGGCGCCAUCAUGGCCAAGAUGGCACGGCCCAAGAAGCGGGCGCAGACGCUGCUGUUCAGUCACAACGCCGUCAUCGCCAUGCGGGACGGGAAGCUGUGCCUCAUGUGGAGGGUAGGGAACCUCCGCAAGAGCCACAUAGUGGAGGCCCACGUCAGGGCGCAGCUCAUCAAAGCUCGGAUCACAGAUGAAGGAGAGUACAUCCCUCUAGACCAAAUAGAUAUCGAUGUGGGCUUUGACAAAGGCUUAGACAGGAUUUUUUUGGUUUCGCCCAUAACCAUCCUCCACGAGAUCGAUGAGGAGAGCCCUCUGUUCGGGAUCGGUAAACAGGACUUGGAGACGGCAGACUUUGAGAUUGUUGUCAUCCUGGAGGGGAUGGUAGAGGCCACCGCCAUGACAACACAGGCUCGCAGCUCCUACCUGGCAACCGAGGUCCUGUGGGGCCACCGGUUUGAGCCAGUCCUCUUUGAGGAGAAGAACCUGUACAAGGUGGAUUACUCUCACUUCCACAAAACCUACGAGGUACCGUCCACUCCCCACUGCAGUGCCAAGGACAUGGUGGAGAACAAGUUUCUGGUCCCCAGCUCCAAUGCCUUCUGCUACGAGAACGAGCUGGCUUUCCUCAGCCGGGAGGAGGAGGAGGAAGAGGAGGUGGGGGGUAGUGGCAUCAGAGCUCUGGCCAGCCUGAGUCCAGACCGGAACAGUCGACACGAGUUUGAGAGGCUACAGACCCCCAGGGUACUGGAUCAGAGAUCGUACCGGAGAGAGUCCGAGAUAUGACCUCUAACCUUUGACCUCUACUAUGAGGUCGACUUUUGAUACCGUUUUAUUUCCAAGGGUGAAAAUGCAGAACAAUGCAAAGUGCCAUAGGAAAAGCUGACUACUGUGAUGAGGAUGUAAGGAGACAGUUGGGAGAAAGAGGGACUUUAUUGGAAGUGCAAGCAGAAGUACACAGCUCACUAAACUGUGGUACAGAAUGUCCACAACAAAGGAAAAGGCCAGUGAAGGACCUUCUUCCUUCAAACUUGAAUCUUUUUUUCAUAAUGUUUAAUUUGAUUUGAGCGUGUUCAAUGACAGUUCAUCGAAAAAGCUAUAAGGACGAAAACCUAGUAAUCAAAAUGUAGGUGUAAAUACAUUGCUUAGAUAAGUUAUGUUGCGUGUGGAGUAUAAUUUUUCAACAAAAAAACAUCUUUAAAAAAUGACUUUAAAUUUUUAAUUUGUCAAAUUAUAGUGUUACAGAAUAGAAGCUUCCUGCAAGCUCCAACAUUGCUGUAAUUGUAUUUGCUGGAACUGAGUUGUGAAUGACUCCUGAUUCCUGUACUCUGCAGCAUUUGAAAGCCAUUGGCAAUGAUAGGACAGCUGCCCACAUGAUGUUGAGAACAACUUGGGUUUAAUAUCAGUGUAAUCUUAAAUCAAAUCUUUAAAAUCAGUUGUGAUGUGUAUAUGCAUCAUUUGCACUAUUAACAGAAUGGACAAAUACUGUAUAUGUUGCAGAUUGAUUUAGAAUGGGAGUAAUGAACUAAAAGUAUUUUUGAUAUCACAAAUAUUCUAAAACCAUUUGCUUAAAACAUACCAUGUUGUGACAGAUAAAGGAUCAUGUUACCCUGCUAAAUAUUGCAUUGAAUUCCCCUAAAGAUCUGAACAACACAUAUUUCUUUCCUUUUAAUUCAAAACCAAGAUUGAAGCGAAACAUCAUGGGGAUAAUAUCACUCUAGUCCAUCUACAUCUAUUAUUCUCUCUGAAAAAAAUCUAUGCACAUAGAUGUUAUGAAUAUCAGGUGACGAAGGAGGGUUCAGUGGAGUUCUGUGGAAUAUGUAAUGAUGUAAUCUGUUACCAUCGCAUGUUUCCACAAAAAGAACAGGUUGAAACAAUCUGAGAUGAAACAGUUUCCUAAAUUCAUUAAGAAUGAAAGGCUUUCGUAUACAGCUUCCCCUCUCAAUACAGAGCAGGCAUUGUUCUAUUUUGAUAGAAUAGAAAACCAAAUUGCACAAAUUUAACAAUGCAUUCAGCAAUUUAGCUAUAUAGGUAUAUAUUAUAGUUUGACAUGCAUGGGGAAGGAAUGAUACAUAGUUAAGAGAGAUUAAGAUUUUUCUUCAAUUAAAUCUUUAAUUAGAUGAACUAUUAGCGUCUCAACAGAUUGUGCAUGUGCAACAGUAAAACAACCCAGAAAACCGUAGGUUACAUUCAGUGUACACAUGGUCAUAUCAUGUUUUGUGAAUCAUAACUAGCUAUUUAAAAAUACACUGUGUGUCAAAAUAUGUCCUUUAUUUAGCAGCAUUUAAGUCCCCUCGAAAUUUGAGGCAAUAUCUUAAAUGAAAAGACAGUGAGAUUACAUCUUAAGCAAUAAAACUGAAAUGCACCUUCAUAUUUAUAAAGUAAACAUGGCAGAGUCUGUGGAACCUGAUUGUCUAUCGAUUCAUUUGUGGUGAUGCACCUUCUGUGCACUUUCACUGUCUCUAACAAUGACGCUUUUCACCAAAACAUGCACAGACCUCAGAUCCUUCAAUUCCUGUAGAGCUCUUCAAAAUAAACAACAUGUUCAAGAGCUAGUAGGUCCUGUUAAAUAUUACAUAAGUAAUUAGGACCAUUAUGACUAGCAAAGACACAUGAAAGAAACUUUGUAAAAAUUUGGGAUGGGUUAAAUUGUAUUGUAUUGGUUAUAAUGUAUUCAAAGUUCUUUGCAAGAAAGCCAUUAAAUUAAAUUAAGUAUUAGCACAAAAGUUUCCAGCACAGUAACAAGCAAAGUAAGUAAAAAGUAAUUUAUCUAAAUUAAAAACAAAAAAAUACAUAUUUUGAAUAUGAAGAAAUCAUUUUCUGUUAGUUACUGUAGACUGAGUAGUUGCUAAUUUAACAGUAUCUAGCGAGACAAUUAAGAUGCAUGACUAUUUUUGGCAUGUAUAGCAGCAUUUAAAAUCUUCUCCUUAAAUGUAUUAUGCCUAUACCCUGAAUUUACUGCUACACAAAACUGAACACAAUGUACAUGCUGUGUAAUAAUAUACUGUACAAUUAUUCUUUCCCAAUUGAGUGGAGAUCCUAUUCCCAAAGAGAUGCCUUUUGUUUAUUUCUCUUAUGCCCUUAUAUUAAAAUUAGAUUUGUAAGUCAUGAAAACAAAAAGAGAAACCUUCAAAUGGUCAUUAAGCUGGCUACAAUGACUAAUAUUUUCCUAGUGGUCCUUUUACUCCACAGGUAUGUGAUUCUCUAAAUAUUUCUAAAAAACAUAUCUGUUUUGUAGAGCUUUUAGGACGCAGUAACAUACAUACAUAGGUUUUUUGGAUCAUGAAUUAAGCCUUCUUGUCCAAUUCCUUGACUUUAAGUGCAUUGCCUUCUGGGAAGGCUCUGGUACCCCCCCAUGUGUGAAACCUUUUUACCUACUUGCAAUGUUUUGGUGGUGAACAUCAUAGAGCAUCAUCAGCUUCUAUGCUGUGUCAUGAAAAUGCAUAGUUCCAUCACCCGUUUACGUUUUCCCUCAUUUUAUAGAAGAGAUUUUUUAUGUUACCCCAUCCCAUUAACAUAACAGAAACUGCACUAGCCCUAAGGACGUACCAAAGGUACAAAAAGUAGACUUAAUGGACACAGAUCAGCACAUCUAUUUUUGUAUUAAGUUAUUUAUAACAUUUCAGUAUUUCCUUGAAAUACAGUAGAGUUAAGUAAACAGUAUGUAUCCAUUUUUGUAUCACAGAAAUCAAAAGAAAAUCUGGUUCUUGUCUCCGUUUUAAAAUAUUGGAUUUUUGUUUAAUUUCAGCACAGAAGCUCAUGAAUAAACAGGUAUUUCUCUUAAAGGGAUUAUUGGACAACUUUUGACCUCUGUAGAAGUCUUCCUAGCCCAGAUAAAGACAUGUCUACUGGGCUUUUUAUUUUGAUGGAUAGUCAAUUAAAUUAUAAAAUU